AAUUCACCCCAUUUGUCCAGAAAGAACGUAUAAAUAAACAAACAAAGGAAAAAAUGUCAACCCUACGAUGGCCAUCUCUCAGAGGUGCAAAGAUUCAGAGACUGAACGGCAUCAGUACCUCUCCUCAGAACCAGAUAUAUCACCACUUUACCAUCCACCCACACUUCCCUCCGAAAAAAAAUAAUAAAAUAAAAUAAAUAAUACAUAAAACAUAUAACAUAAUAAAUAAAAAUAAAUAAAAAUAAAUCGACCCCACACGCAACCUCGGCACUUGUGGGCUUCUCAUUCACCGACACAACGCCAAGUGGGAAGUAUCAGCUUGACUCGUGAACGGCACUCCUCGAGCCUUCGAAUCCCAGAAACUUCCUCUCGCUGUCUCGGAUACCCAGAUCCACCUGCAUCUGCACAUUUCGGGGAAAACAAACAAACAAACAAACAAACAACCAAACCCAUUGCACUUGUCCAGACCCGAUGGAUCAGGAAGAAGAUGGUAUAUACGAAUGCUGCUUUUAGCGAGACAAGUCGGACGAAUUAAAAAACAAACAAAUAAGUAAACAAACAAACAAAUUCGGGGUAUCAUCUGGACACUUGUGCAGUUGUGGUAUGGCGAUGGAUGCGGCUAAACGAUGACCACACCGGGGGUACGGAGAGUGUACUUCCGAGGACGAUCGAAGUACCACAACAGGUCGAUUCUGUGCUUUCGUGGAUCUGCAGCAGUGUGGACUAAUCACACAUCGUGAGCAAGUAAGUCCCAUGAAGAGAGAGAGGGCCUCAGCAAAGGAUUUUCAUAAUCCCAUUUCUAACAUAUUUGUUUAGUUGUUGUAGUGUUUCGGGAAGCUUUGUGACGCGUCGUGAAGCCGCAAGUGAUGACCGCGUGUGCUGUGGCUGAAUGAGCGCAGAAGGUUCAAUCCCUGGUUUUAGCUAAUCUCUCUGUUACGCGGACACUCCAGUUUGCGUGUAUAAAUAUAUAUAUAAAUAUAUAUUUUCCUCAAGAUCAGCCACAGAAGCGAGGUGGGCGGACUUGAGUUCUGGACCUUAGGAGGUGAAAAUGAGUAACGGCAUGCGAAGUGUUUGGGAUGAUCACGAAGCGAGGGUGCCUGUGGAGCGGCCGAUCCACAAAUUGCGGCUUCUGCAGUUAAUAAAGCACCAUUUGCGAGACUGGUUGUGGAUUGGGGUUAUGAUAGUUCUGGAGAUUAUUGUCUACGUCGUCAUUCCGCCAUUUGAACGACUCGUAAAUGAAGACAAGAUGCAAGACUACAAGUACCCAACAGGUCCAGACACUGUGCCCGUGUGGGCUAUUGGGGUUAUUGCUGUGCUGUUUCCUCUCCUUAUUUUCCUCGCUUACUACAUCAAGAGGAGAAGUGUUAGAGACUUUCACAAUGCUUUUUUGGGCCUUGCAACGUCAAUCACUGUUACUGCGCUAUUCACCGACUCCAUGAAGAACAUGGUUGGAAUGCCUCGUCCUGACUUUUUCGAUCGAUGCUUUCCAGACGGUAUCGCGGUAUACUCAAACGAUGAGUAUAGACGAGCACUCUGUUAUCCCACGAACAGGAAGGAGUAUGUUGAUGGCUUCAAAAGUUUUCCCAGCGGCCAUGUGACAUGGUGCUUCGCUGGCCUUGGUUACUUGUCUCUGUACUUGGCAGGAAAACUGAGCCUCUUCGACAGAAGGGGAUACUCCUCUAGAGUGUUUUUUGUGCUGGUUCCUCAAUUAGCCACGGUGUUGAUUGCCGUUUCCAGAGUGAACGAUUACAAACAUCGGUGGGUGGAUAUCAUCGGUGCGUCUGUGCUAGGACUGCCCAUUGCGUACCUCUGUUACAGACAACACUUCCCUAGUAUGAAUGCGGGAUCAUGGGCUGGAUACCCAUAUGAGUAUGAACCGCAAAAAAUCUUCAGUCAUGGGUUACAUGGCCCUCGAGCGAUUGCGACAACAAAUGCGCCACAAAAUGAUCUAGAAAUGGGAAGACAAGAUAAGACACGGGUGCAAGGAGAAUCUGCCGAAAUGCAGUAGAACACUUGCAACAUACCUUCCUUUUGAUUCCACUAGCUCAUAAAUCGUUAAAUAUGCAAUGGCUUUGUUCGAGAAUAGAACAUUAUUAUUGUAAAAACGUUGUAUUCUUUUCGAAUAGCAUGAUACAGAAUCAAGCUGGUUUUCCCAUCGCGCCGGCAACGGGUUUUUAGCUACAAGUUCAAUUGCGGUAGCAUUGAAACCUUCUAGCUUCAAAUGCUCUGCAAUAUUCUCAGAAACCUAAGUGUCUAUCUGGAAAUUGGCAAAGGUUGUGCAGGUGUAACAUAGAUGUUUUGCUUACUACCAGAUGCAAGGACUUUCAUUGAUGAUAGAGGAACCAUUAAAAAAAAUUCAAAUGGACUGGCGACCACAAUGCCUGGGUUUUAUCAAUGCAAUUGUCUACUUUCAAGCGA